AGACUAUAUUCAGACUUCAGGGAGCGAUCGCUUUACUUCAAGAUGGCUUGUCCAAUAAUCUUCUUCUGCAUUGUUUUCUUUUGUCUUUUUCGACUAAUGCCGGCUACGACUGACAUUAACCAUGGCAAAGACAUAAUUGCAAAGUUGGCGGUUGUCAAAACCAAACUUCAAACAGCAAGCACAGAACUUAAUCAAGCUCUUUCGAACAUGGAAAUACUUCAGUUAGAGCUUACAGGGUCUGAGAGAGUUCCAGAGAAGGUGUUCAACUCCACUUCACACCCUUUUGUGCACCUUCUGGAGGCUCGUCGAUUUCAUGACGUCACAGGCCUCACCUAUGUGCUCAAUUAUAAAAUGGUUGCGGGGGAUCUCAGCAUCAUGUGGUCAAGUGGUCAAACAACUGACGUAGAUACCGUCGUACCUGGCGUGAAGGAAACCUCAUGCACAUUGCAGCCCACUGGCCAGCCCCUGACGGUUGUGUUCAUCAGCAUGUCAUUCGGGGCGAGUUUAUAUAUCGAACUUGAGCCACCAGCAGGAAACAGUACUGUGAUUGAAAGCAACAUCCCAACCCUGGAUUUGUUUGUUCAGCCGGACAGAGACUUAGUGUACAAGAAAGGCAGUAAUAUCACCUUUAAAACUAACAAGUUUGUACAGUUCCCUGACUAUUUUGAUAUCACUGGAGAUUUCAUUGAUUUUGAAACUGGAGAUUUCUGGGAGAAAACUGACCAGAAAUUGCGAACAAUUUUUGAAAGAUUAGAACCUAAGAAUGUUACAACGCCUGGUGAGGAUUUGGAAGAGAUUAAGCUUAAAACGGCAAAUCAUAGAAUUAGUGGAUUAAUACAUUUCUACAGGGGAAAACAGCUUCAAUCAUCUCUUAUUAGUUUCAUUAUGCUGAAGAAAUCCCUCGUUGUUCGACCAGCUGGUCAAGAAGGUCCCUUCCCACAGGGUUUCUUGCAUCUAGUCAUGCAGACAGGGAACAAAAAACAGGAGUUUGGGCAAACUGUAGCUUACUGCAGCUUUCCCAGUUGUGUGGUUGCGUGCGAAGCUUUUGGCGACAACAUUACUGACGUCACAGUUAAGCAACUCUCUAGACCAACGCUAGGUGGACAGUCCGGUUUUAGCCGUGUCAUUAGGUACUCAGAAACUCGCUACAACCAAGGUCAUUCAGUGCAGUUGACCAACUUCUCCCAGGGUGACCAAUACGUCUGUGACGGAAGUAACGUGAACGGCGGCCAUGUUUCUCUAACGUUUGUCAUCAAAACUAUCCGGAGGCUUGCCAUUAUCAAGGAAAACUCCACCGUUUCGCGUACUUGCUCUUCUCAGGAAGACAUGCAGGACUGCACCUAUCACGUGACUUGUGUGGUUGAAGGACGCCCACAGCCGAGGAUUAGCGUUGAAAUUCUGAGAGAAAAUUGGAACACGUCUUCCCUGAGCCGUGAAGAGAUAUCUUACCUGGGGAACGAUGUCUACCAACUUUCAGGGGAGGCUAGUCUUGAUGGAACCGAUGGGCUGAGCACUUCAGUUCUCUGCACUACAGACGUGCAGGAUGAAUCGGGUGAACAUCAAUUCGAUGCAUUUUACAUUCCAUCUCCUCCAAUCUAAACGUGCUCCUAGGGUUUGUUGACAUCAGGUUACAAACAGACAGACGAAGAAAUAGAAACAGUCGUAGAAAUAAUUCAAACAAACUCAUCACAAUCAAUAUUUUUGACCGGGUUUUAUUGGCUUUAUGUGAUUUAGAAAUGUUAUUUUUAAUUAGCCUUCAUCAUUGUAGAAUCCAAGUAAUUGGCUAAUGUAGGUUUACAUAUGUGUUUAAUCAUGAAUGUACUUAAUGUCUGCUCUAUGGUGUUUGUUUCAUUUAUUAAAAACACAUAAUAAUUGUUACCAAAGAAGUGCGCACUCAAGGAAUAAAUAACCGAAUAAGUGCGCACUUUUAAGCACUAUACUUACAACACCGGAACUAUCGCAGAAUGUACUUUUUGUGUCUUAAUGUUAGGUAAUACAAAGUUCAAGGAAGGCUACUUGCCUAAUGACUAGGUUAUUAGCCAUUUCUCACAAUUAAGGUAAG